AUGAUAUCGAAAUCAGCCAGGCGUGUUUAAAAUCAUCUCAGAGCAUAGACUACCCAAAUAUAGCUAUUUUCUACUAAGAAUGAUGAAAAUUUGACUUCAAGUAAAUCUUGGAAUGACUACAUCUUCAGUACAGUUGAAGUUGGGGUUAAAACAGCUUAAUAGUUUUAAGAGUUCUUAUUCCCACCUGAUCUAUAAAAGGAAUCAACAAAAGAAGAGAUUAUUCAGGAGAUUCAUAGAUCAAAUCAUUUAGCAAGAUACACAACUAAGUUUAUGACAGAAAAUAUUGAUUAUUAUACAAAUAUCUAUGCUAAAUCUACAGAAGACUAGAAGUUUAUUGAUGAAAUGAGAACCAAUUAAGAGAAGGACAUUAAAGAAAUUGAAAGUGAGAUGCCUUAUGCUAGAACAAGGCCCUCAAUAUUAAUACCCACAGCAAAAGUUUUUGGUAUUCUGUCUGCUACUGCGAGUGCCCUUCUUGGAACGGAGAAAACAAAUGUUUUACUCUAUUCAAUAGAAAAAGGCAUACAGGAUGAAAACGAUGAAUAGCUUAGAAUACUGAAUGAAUAAGACAUUAAGGAUGAGGAACUUAGAAAAUAAAUUAUUUAGCUGAGAGAUAGAAGUUAUGACUAAUUUGCUCAAAAUAACAAAAAAAUAGAUGUAGAAUAAAUUAAAAAGGAAAAUGGAUUAUCCUAUGCAAUCUACUAGACUGGAACUUGGGCCACUACAGCUGCAAUGAGAUUAUCAAGAAAAUUAUGA